GGUAAGACGACGCCAGGCCUCACUAGAGUACGCUGCAUUCCGCUGGAGCCGUAGCUACCUGGUUAUUUUUUUGUAUUUUUUUUUUAUCACAUUUUCAAUCACAGGGAGAUUAAAAUGUCUCGAAAAGCGCUGAAAGUGGUGGUGGAAUUAAAGUUUAGAGCGGUGUCUUGUCCUGGAGUUCACCUCCCAGCCAAAGACGACGUCUACCUGAGCAUGUGCUUCAUGGGCCAGUGCCGCCAGUCUGAGUGUCUCCCGGCCGUCUUCCCACUGCUGUUUCACGAGAAGAUGACUUUUGAAAAGGCAGGUCUCUGUUCUCAUGUUCUGUGAGAUGUACCGCACAUUAAGCUACAGUCAGCCAUGUGUGUGUUGUGGUAGAUUUUCAGACGUGCCGUCGACCCCGGAGACAUCGCUGUGAUGCUGGAGUGUGAGCAAAGCUUGGUUCAGUUGUUCGUAGUUGCACAUUCUUCUAUAAUACAGCUUUUUUUUUUUUUUUUAAUGCCCGUCUCUUCUCCACAGAUGAGACAGUCAGAGUCGAACUGGUGCAGCUGAUUCCUCCAGCGGGGGAAACUCUCGCCUGCUUCGAGGAAGACGCUCGAAGCUUCUUAUUCCCGGAGCCCAAGCUGGUUCCUUCUUUCUCCGGAGUGGACCGAGAGGUUCUGAUGAUCCGAGCGUCUCACUUUCCAGGUAUCGCUCCAAGAUUGGAGUUUUCCACCACAACCACCAUUACCGAGUGUCCGCCUGAUGCACAGAUCAAGGUUUACCCCAACGAGCCCAUGAGGCCGGUAAUGAGGAGGAACAGCCGGCGGCCCAGGAGACCCAGGACGGCGUCGCCUCAGAAGAAACGGCCUCAAACCGCCCGGAGGAGGCGAAGCUCCAGGGCGGACAGAGAGGAGACGCACAGUGACCCCAGGUCCCAGUCCCUGUCCCCGCUCAGGUCUGGAAACACCCGGCGUUUGGCCCACGGCCGCCUGGGCUCUGCAGCCGUCUCCCAGCCUAUGUCGUCUUCGUGGCCCGGAGUCAGUCGCUCUGCAGCGUUUACCAACUCCUCUUCACCUUUGACCAGGUCUUUCUCCACAGUGAGAUAUUCUCCAACCGCCCGAAGAAAAUCGUUAUCCACUGGUUUGGCUGUGAGUACACCUGACGACAACUCAAGCUCUUCAGAAACAUACGACGGCCAUUACGGUCCCGAUCCUUCAACGCCAUGUUCGUCUUACCGCAAACACGCUGGACGCAGCAGCUCUUACGGAGAAUGGGAAGAGAUCCACGAGCGCGUUCGGGGACUCCUCACGACACCAAAAGCUGUUCGCCGACUCGUCUGCGGGGCCACAGUCUCUGAGGUAGAUGAGGUUUUAGCCCGUAGGUCCAUCCCUCCAGGUCCACCUUGAGGACUUGGCCAGGACCUAGAGAGGGAAAGAAACCUUCACAUCGCCAAUGAAGUCUUCCGUCUUUGCUGAUGAGUGUGUGUGUGCGUGUUAAUGACUGGAAAAUAAUGUGUUUCAUAUUCAAAUAAACCCAUCAGAGCUGAAACUCAGGCAGC